AUGGCUCCUCCAACAACAAUCAAGUCGCCAAGCAAAGGCUCAAAGAAGAUGAUUAGCAAACAAUCGAAAGGAGGUCUAAGUUCUAGUAAAUCAGGUGCUAGUGGUGAUAAAAAAGUCAACAGACGUAAACGCAAAGAAACAUAUUCAAUUUAUAUCUACAAAGUUUUAAAGCAGGUUCAUCCUGAUACAGGUAUUUCAAGUAAAGCAAUGUCAAUUAUGAAUAGUUUUGUUAAUGAUAUUUUUGAGCGUAUUGCGGCUGAAGCUUCACGAUUAGCUCAAUAUAAUAAACGUCAAACAAUUUCAUCUCGUGAAAUCCAAACAGCCGUUCGACUAUUAUUACCUGGUGAACUUGCUAAACAUGCUGUUUCAGAAGGCACAAAAGCUGUGACGUAA